AUGCACGAGAAACUUAAGUUCGGCAUCGACUCAAUUCUUGACCCCUGUUUCGGCCGACAAUGCCAGGAAAAGGAUCUGGUACAGGAGAAAGUUUUGGAUCUUCAUAGUCCUUCCGCCAUCAGCCCUAGUUCGUCGUUUGGCGCCAGUCCGCCAACGCCCAUCAUCGACAAUCGAGCUCUUUUUCCCGCAUGGGUUUUCUGUACUAGAUAUUCAGAUCGUCCCUCGUCUGGCCCUCGCUCACGAAAGCCACGAAAGCGGGAUAUCUCCGAUGAAGAAAAGCGACCGCGUACCGCUUUCACUCCAGGCCAGCUGGAUCGACUCAAGAAGCAAUUCCUCGAUAACAGGUAUUUAACCGAAAAACGGCGACAAGAACUCGCUCAUGAGCUUGGCCUCAACGAAUCGCAAAUCAAAAUAUGGUUCCAGAAUAAACGUGCGAAGCUGAAGAAGGCGACCGCAGAACGACCACCGUUAUCCAUUCAACUUAUGGCACACAGCCUCUACAAUCAAAAUGCCAUCCAUCCAUGA